GCUAACAUGCAUGGACUAAAAGACAUGCAAUUGUGAUUUUCAUCAUUGCAUAUGCAGCAACUUUAAUAAACGUGUAAUUCUAGAGCUGACCGCUUGAUGUCGCUGUCGUCUAAAGAAGAGUCACUAGGUGCUGCAUGAACAGCUGCUGUUCUCUCACACACAUCUGUGCACUACAAACAGUUAAUGAAGGGUUGUCAUAAUUUACAUUAAAUGCUUUUUUAAUAAACUCAAGAAUAAGUUGUGAUGAUUGCUACGAUGUGUUUAGUAACCAAUCCCAAUAGUGCUGAUAGAACAAACCUUGCUACAACUGCGUUACACAAUAUAUAAACAGAAAUCUCAGAUCUUUAGUGUUUUGGAUAGAGAUGAAAAAUGUGCACCAGUUCAUGAUGAUGUCAAGGAUUUAUGACUGAGGAGGUUUGUUACACAGUAAACCUGUCGCUCCUCCUAUAAAUGCUUCAGUCAUAUCAACACACACAGACUGACUAUUACACAAGUCGAUAGUAUCCUGAACUUCUGAGACACCGGUGAAGAUUCAAAGACAAUGCAAUUAGAUGAUGUGGAGUUAGAAAAAUAUGUGGAGACGUCAUCCCGUGAGAGCAGGACGGCCACAGACACCCCAAAACUUCUGUCACACUCUAUUGAAGAAAUACUGAAGAAACCUGUCAACAAGACACUUAAAACAUCUGGAUGCACACAGACCAAGAUAAAGACGGAUGCUCCUAAAAUCACUCCAUACACAGGUGUGUUCUUUUUUGUAUUUUUGAAUAGGUUUUGCAGCUUGUGUAUUGAUCGAGUUAAGAAAAAGACACUCUUUCUUAUCUUUUGGACCGACUUGAAUGUAUUUCCUGAAGUUAUGAGAUCUACUGUAUCAUAUUCUGAUGGUAGCUCGAGGGUCCGGUCGCAGACGGGUGAGGACCACGUUCACCGUGAUCCAGCUGGAGGAGCUGGAGAGAGUUUUUCAGGAAACACACUAUCCUGACGUUCACACCAGAGACCAGCUCGCCUGUCGAACGCAGCUGUCUGAGGGAAGAGUUCAGAUCUGGUUCCAGAACCGGCGGGCGAAGUGGAGACGCAGUGAAGCUAAAGCAGCACACACACCUCUGACAGUGCUGAGAGAUGCAGAACACACUCACCUCCAGACUCCUGCCCUCUGUGUUCACUACCUGAGUUUUCACCAGAAGCUCUGGCUGCCGGAGUCAAUCUGUCCUCGCAUUGGUUCUCCUGAACUCGUCACACUUCAACACGGUUCAUACUUCUGACCUCAUCACCUUCAUGGGCCACUGCCAAACAGACAUUUUCACAAGAUCAAGGAUCCUUUCUGUGAAUAAAAGGACAUAUCGUGUCUUGUUUUAUAUCGACUGUUAACAGCUUUUCCCUCAUGUGCUUUGUAUUUAAGAACUUCCUUCUUUUUUAUUCUAAAACAGAACUCGUACGUGAAGUGAUGACCAUGUUGCAAGCUGUAAUUCAAUUUCCUUAUCUCAUCACAAUAAAACCCUGAUAAAACAGUAAGUGAAUGCAAUCAUUUGUGACACAGCACUCACUGACUAAACCGA